CUGCGGUUUGUUUAUCGCUCUGUCGGCUAAAACACAUGCCGCCUUUUCUCAAAACAAAACAAUUUUGUUUUCUCAGUUAAAAUAAAUACUUUGUCUCUGAUAAAUAUAGUGUUAUUAGAAAUGAGUGGACCGGCAGCAAAAAAACAAAAGUUUUCACAUUUCAAGCAAAAAAAUUACUUCAAAAGUAAUAAGCGUCAGUUCAUGGAAGUGGGUCAACGCGGUUUCCUUGCCACCUGUAACUUCCGUGAAAAAGACUGCGUACGAGAAGCAUAUAAUGUACUGAACCACUAUGCCGAUGAAUUAUAUGGUCCAAAGGAUAAAGAUAUUACCACGUCUACACAGGACAAAGAAUCAGAGCCGGAGGAUGCGGCGGAUAUAGCAGAUGACUUACAGAAAGAAAUUGAUGCUACAAAGUCGACGAAGGAGAAUAAAAACACCGUCAAACAACGUUUCCAAGUAGUGGACACAGGCGCAACCAAUUGUGUGUUCAUUCGCACUACACUACCAGAACCGGUGGAACUGGGCACACGGAUUGUCAGCGAUGUUGCAGAAACACGCGAACAGAAAUCGCGCUUCUUACUACGACUAGUGCCCGUUGAAGUGGUAUGUCGUGCCAAUUUGGCAGAUAUCAAUAGCGCUGGUGGUGUACUUUUUGAUAAAUAUUUCCUGAAAGAAGGCACCACCUUUGCGAUUAUUUUCAACAAGCGCUAUAAUAAUGAUGUUAAACGUGAUGAUGUUAUUCAUGAUCUAGCUGCGCUGGUUCAAUCAAAGAAUAUAAAAAAUCGUGUCGAUCUCAAAAAUGCUGCUAAAACUAUAGUUGUAGAGGUGAUAAAGGGGUUAUGCUGUUUAUCCGUGCUGGAUGGUUAUUUGAAAUACAGGAAAUAUAAUCUGGUGGAGUUGGCGAAUAGCAAAGAUAAAGACCUAAAUGAAGAAAAAGUCAUAAAACAAAAUGAAACAGAUUCUGUGGAACUUUCUAAAGAUUCCGAAUUGGCCGAAAAGUCCCAAAGUGAUGAUAAACCAAUUGACAACAAAAAUGAACAAAUCGUUAACGAUGAUUAACUUGAAAAGGAUGUGUCGACAACUGGAGAUUGACAUAAAAUUUCUAACUGAUUUGUAACGAUGUAUCAUUAAAGUUAAUUAAAAUCUAUUUU